AUGCCGAUUCGGCGGCCUUUCACAAUUCAGCUGCUGGGAGCGCUGCUACUCUGUGGAUUGGCUGGAUUUGCAAGCGGUGUGGAAUACUUUCGGCUGGACGCCAACUGCAAAUGGGCGGCCGAUGGCAAGAUCACCAAUUUAAAUGCGGGGUAAGUUGGGCGGGAUUUUGACCAUCCGUACCAGAAGUACAGCGCUUCUAGCGACUUUUGAGUUCCUAAUUUCCCUCCUAUUUCAGCCCAUGCGCAAAUGCCAAGACAGUCAUCCUCAGCGACAAGAUUCUGCUGAUUGUGGUUGCCCAAGACGAUGGGAAAACAGUCCAGUACGGCACGGUCUAUCCCCGAAGCGAAGGUGGAGAUGAAGUCUUUGGCCUGUCGCAAAGUGUGGACUUGUCCCAUGGUAAGGAAGUUGUGAAAAAAUUUUUAUCGUUCUUUCGUUUUCUCUGAAUUUUCGAAAGUUGUAAGCAUUACACUUUUGGAUAACUUUUGAUACUUUUGGAUUUGUUCCAAAUUGGAAAAUUUUUCGAUAGCUGAAUUCUUUGCCUUUUGAAUAGAUCGACUUCUCAUGCUUCUAUCUUUAGUACUUGGUCCCCACUGCAAGAUUGUUCCCACUAACUAUGCCGCUUUUGCUGAUUGGCACACCCUGUACAUUUCGGCCAUAUGCAAGAACAAGGAACAGAAGGAUGUCCACGCCCUCGUCAGAAGCGUCAUCUAUUCCGAGAAGAUCAUCCACACUCCGCCUGGCUUCCUGGUCUAUACCAAUAUCCCUAGCGACAAACUCAUCUCCGGAAUUGGAAUUGGCUAUGUUCAGGGUCGGUUAGCCUGCGAUUUCUUUACGCAUUUUUCAGACGAAGACGUCGUCUUCAACGCCCGAAUCUUGGAAUACAAGGUGGGACAGGACAAGAUUUAUAUGCGAACGUUGAACUCAAUCAACAAGACCGAAGAAUUUAUGGAUACGACCGAAUCUGUGGAGAAUAUCCAACAGUCCGGGCUGCUGAAGAACAGGGGAGUGGUUUUUGCCGUUUAUCCAACGGGAAACGAUGCAAUCCGCUUUUAUACCUAUGAAAAUACUUAUCGAGCGGAUGUUCAAAAGCUUGACGGAUGCCAAGUCAGAAAGUCAAAGCCGGACAAGUCCAUUUUCUUGUGUUAUCCAGAUAAGAGAAUUACGGCCGACAAAAUCGAUGGAGUGUAUACUUGGAGGAAGGAUAAGCUUCUGGAGGAAAUUCUGGACGAGGAAUUUCCGGUUGUAAGUUGUCCUUCUUUGAGAGCUUUGUCAUCGAAAAAUUCUUCUCUCGGCUAUUCUCUUAGGUGUUGAAAAGUUGGAAAAUUUGUGAUGUUUUUGUUACUUUGGGGUUUGAGUUUUUUUUUUUGAACUUUAUCGGAGACGUUAAUAGUUUUUGCGACUUUUAAUAGCUCUUGUAAUUACUGACACAUUUAUUAUCUUUUGACAAUACCUGUCACUGUUCGCAAUUUUGUUUUCCAUUGGAGAUUACAGUUGCUUAUUAAUGUUUUUUUUUUGAUUUCUUUGCCCUCUUGGUAACGUCUUGAUACUUUUUGAUACCUUUUGUUUUCGUUGAUGUUCUUUUCCAGAAAUGCGGAGUCACCGAAGAGGACCGUGAAUUUGAGGAAUGUCGACAGCAGGUUGAAGUGUAAGUUUUCUUAUUGUUAUAUUGUAUAGUAACUUUAGAAAGCAGAAAUGGACGAUCAUUCUCUUCGCCAUGGCCGCCUUUGAGUUUUUGAUCGUUCUGACCACUCUGGUAAUCUUCACUGCCUGCAUUUGCCAUCGCCGCAGAAAGGUCCGAAGACAUCGUAAGUUUAAAGUCUAUCCGCAAAAAAUCAAUUUUUUGAUGGCUUAUAUUUUUUUUUUUGAUCUUUUUAUUUUUUAGGCCGCAAACACGGAAAAGGAAAGGGCAAAGGAAAAGGGAAGGGAAAAGGAAAGGGAAAGGACAAAAGUAAAAGCACUGCAAAGUCGACUAAAGGAUCCAAGAACUCAACGUCGGCAGCCUCUAACAGCGCCGCAGCCGGCAAGAAUACAAAGGAUUCCAAGAAACACGGUUCAACCAACUCCAAGGAUAUGUAG